AUUCAAGCGUCCUUCCCGUCUUCUUCAAUUCUUCAACGACCUUUCACGAUGGCUGCGAGAAGGGUGACCAAAUCUGCUGUUGACUGGGUAGCAUUACAGUCAAAAGUCCCCUCAAAACAAACGGAUGCAUACAGAGUCCUAAAAUCUCAUAGUGACAAGUAUAUAUCUAGAGUUGCUGAAUUGCCAGAGUCUUUACCAAAAAUUGACUUUGGAGAGUACAAACGAAGGAUUGCAAGUCCUGCAUUUGUUGAUGAAUUUGAAAAAUUGUAUAAUGCAAUGGAAGUUCCUUACCCAAAAGAUCCUGCAAAUCAGAAGGCCAAGUUUGAUAGUGAAGAAAAAGUUGCAUUGCAAGAAAAAGAUGCUUUCGUUGCAGCGUCACAAGCUAAGCUGAAAGGACUGAAUGAAAUUUUGUCAGCUAUAGCAAGUAUACCACCACCAGAGAAGAUGACAAUGCAGAUGUAUAACCACUAUUUCCCAGAAGCAGCUAUCAACCCCAACAGAGCAAACCCAGGAUUUGCCCCACAUCACUUAAAGAGUGCUCAGAUGGAUCUAAUGGAGCAAUACUAUAAUACAAGCAGAAAUUCGAGAAACCAGGAGACGAUUGAGGAGUGGGAGGAGAUUUGGAGACUGAAGGUAGAAAAGCAGAAGGCCGAGAAAGCCAAGCAGAUGGCCGAGAAACAGGGCAAGGAAAUAAAAAGUUAAAAUGUUUGAAUUCUAGUGCUGAUAAAGAAAAUAUUUAUCUAUGUUAAGAAAAAUAUGAAACUUGAACGAAAUUGACAUUUGGUUUAGAAGCAAGAACAAAAUGCUCAUUUGGAAAUGAUGAAAUGUUAUUUGCAGAUGAUAAUAGAAAAAUCUUGAAAGGUGUUGUGUGCUAAAUUAAAGAAUAAUUAUAAAUGGUGUAGUUUUUAAUAAAUUACUAAACCUCAA